GCAUUGGGAAUGACACUAACAAUGUUUGCGCCGGCAAUGGUUGACAUCAGUCAUACAAUGAAUACUAGCCUACAAUUGGUAUCACUUUAUACAACAUUUUUCUCGAUCGGCUAUAUUAUGGGAACACUGGUCGGACUGUUAUACAAAUAUUUGAAUCGACAAUUGACAACAUCCUUACUAUUAGUGCUCACCAGUGUAUCAUUGGCGGGUUUGCCACACUCGCCAAACAUUUGGUUCAUUUAUGUGAGCGCCUGGCUUAUUGGUGUAGGUGCCGGCUCGUGGAACAGCAUAAUCAAUGUCUGGCUUAUCGAGAUAUGGCAGCACCGGAGCGCACCUGUACUUCAGUUUGUACAGUUCAUGUUCGGUAUGGGCACCAUAUUUUCGCCACUAUUAUUGAAAACAUACUUAUCGGGCGAUAGAUAUGAUGUUAUUACCGCCCGAUACCAGUUAAAUGCGCGCGCUAUUAAUCUAUUAGCAAACUAUACAGUUAUAGACAAUGAUCAGGUAUCUGAUAAUAAAAACAAUUAUGCUCAUCAAUUAUGGAUACCGUUCCUAAUAAGCGGAAUAUGCCAGUCAACAUUCCCAGUUAUAUUGAUAAUGUUGUUUGCUGUGAAACGUUAUGAAUUGCCAACUGUUCCCGAUGCUACCUGUCCAAAUAUACCUGCUCAAAGUGACCAGUUAAAACUAUUUGACAUCCCUGGGUCACCCAGACGUCUAUGUAUAGCACUGUUCGCCUGUUGGCUUUCCACAUAUUGCGUAACUGAGUCAACAAUCAUGAAUUUUGGUGCCACUUAUCUUCAGUAUUGUCCACUUAAGUUGUCAGCUCAGAGUGCGGCCGAAAUUGUGUCACUGAUAGCAUUGUUUUUUACAAUCGGACGGGGAGUCAGUAUAUUUGUGGCCAUGAAAUUGAAACCACAAACAAUGAUAUCAUAUCACAUUGUCUUACUUUACAUAUCUGUUUGUUUACUCCUAUUUUUGGGUCAAUACAAUCGUACUGUGCUCUGGAUAACAGUUGUAUGUUUAGGUAUGGCAUUAUCGGCACUGUUUCCGGCAAUGUUUGCCUAUUUAAGUGAACAAGAACACUUUUGUUAA